GGCUGACGUCAGUGCCCGGUGCUCCGGCGUUAGAGGCAGCAGGUGCGGUGUGCGCUCGCGUUCGUUCUUCAGUCUCUCGUUCCGCGUCCGUGGGAAGGAGGUAACGAGUGGCCGCUGCUCUAUCGGAGGAAAAAUUUUCAUUCCGAAAUGAAUUAUGGAAAUCCUCCACCCUACUCGGACCCAGGCCCAACUGCCCCAUAUCCACCAUAUCCACAGCAACCUCAAGGAUAUCCUCCUUCUGGGCCUUAUCCUCCUGGGCCUCCAGGGCCGUAUCCACCCCCUAAUGCAGGGUACCCAUACCAAGGCUAUCCACAAUAUGGCUGGCAAGGUGGACCCCCUCCAGAAGCUCCCAAAACCACAGUGUAUGUGGUGGAAGACCAAAGAAGGGAUGACUCAGCCCAAACUACCUGCCUCACAGCUUGCUGGACUGCUCUCUGUUGCUGUUGCCUUUGGGACAUGCUCACUUGACCAGCCUCAACCUCCCCUUACUAGAAGGCUUUGUAUCCUCCACUGAUUGAUGGGAGUUCUGAUUCUUGAUCUCUUUCUAUUGCUAUAAUGAAUGACUAGUUCUGCACAGACAUCUCAGCCACAACAGUGAUGAAAUCCUAGAUUAGUAGUGAUUUUUUCUUUGCUGUUUAAUUUAGUGACACGAUCUUUUUAACUUUCAUUUUCUAAUUUUCUUGUACUUUAAUAAUGUGCUAAAUGAUUUUUUGGCCAAAGGCUUGAAUAUGAAAUUUAUAUUUAUCAUAUUAAAUUGUACUGUUUGUGGCAGUGGCAAAAUAUGCAAGAAACAAGCCACUGGAUGAUUUCUUUCCUAAUUCCCUGAUUAUGUUUCACUACUCCCUUGUCAAUAAACUUUUCAAAAGUC